AUGUCCCUUGUGGACUUCUUGGCCGAUGAGACUACUGGCACAUCGUGGGCCGAUGAGAUGGAUGAGCUUCCAAGUGCGCCUGCUCCCCGCGAUUUUUCUGAUUCCGGAGCGCCUGGAGCCUUUGGCGCGCGUCCAAUGCGCUCGCGUUUCGAAGAAAAUGGCUCGUUUUCCCGUAUGCGCGAAGAGCCUCCGUUGCCCACUGAGCCUCCGUUUACAGCGUUUGUCGUGAAUCUUUCAUUUGAAAGCACUGAGAGCGAUGUGCAGAACUUCUUUGAACCGCUCACGCCUGUAAGUGUCCGCCUGGUCUCUGGACACGACGGCCGUCCUCGCGGCUACGGCUAUGUGGAGUUCUCGACACUGGAUGAACUUAAGGAGGCGCUGACCUACACAGGUCGUUCCAUGGACAACCGCAAUGUUCGUGUAAGUGUGGCCGAGUCCAGCUCGCGUGCCAUCAAAGGCGCAGCAGCAGACGAUGCUUCUCAAUGGCGUCGCGCGACGCCUCUCCCUGGCGGCGAUGAUCGCCGCAGCGGCUUUGGCGGUGUUCCAUCGGGCGGGGGUUUCGAUUCUAUGGGUGUUACCGCAGAUGGUACGCGCGGUGGAUUUGGCUCGAAGUUUGAACAGAGCGCCGAGCGUCCACGCCGUGGUAUGGCUGAACCUGCAGAGCCCGGUCGUGGCGACGAUGCUUCCGACUGGAGGACCGGCAAGCCGGUUGUUAACAAAGGUCCCCGCUUUGGUUUUGGCAGCGGUGAAGGCAGAGAGCGCAGCCGUCCACCCCUUGACGAGGACGGCCACUCGACGUGGCGCUCAGCCCGUCCCGCUGCGACCGCGUCGGAGCGUCGGAAGCUUGACUUGAAGCCACGCAAUGCAACGCCGAGCAGUACUUCGGCUGCUUCUGUCUCGAGCCCCUUUGGCUCGGCAAAGCCAGUUGAUGUAGCUGAGCGUGAGCGCGAGAUCCAGGAAAAGAUACAGACGCAGGAUCGUGCAUGGCGCGCCAGCCACCCAAAGACGGAAAAAAAGCCUUCCGCUCCGGACGGUGCCUGGCGCAAGGCAGACUCUGCUUCGACGGAGAAACGCGCCAAUGACUCACCCAAAGUAGACGAAUCUACUGAAAAAGAUGUCUCGGAGUAA